AUGGCUGAUCAUACUGAUACUUCAACGACCCAAGAUAGUUUAGGUAAUACUAUUAUCCCCCCGACAGGUGAAUCAAAUCAUAAUAUUAAAAAAACUAUCAAAGCCCCCUCGAUAAGAUUAGAUUUAUUACCGCCUGAAAUUUUAUUUAAUAUUUUCAGUUAUUUAGACACUAGAGAUUUGGAUAAUCUAUCAGUUCUAUCAAGCAAAUUCCAUGAUUUGAUUAGUGAUGAAGAAUUAUGGAAGAAUUUAUUUAAAACUAAAUAUGAUACCCUAUAUUUCCCAUCCUAUUCCUUUUCAGACAAAUUUAGUAACGAAUAUAUCAAGAGAAAUAAUGCUAUAAGAUCGUGGAAACAUAAUAGAACCAUCAAGACAAAGUAUAUCAUAUCUCCAAAUGCAUAUAAUCAAAAUCAAAUUCAAUUUGAAAAAAUCAUAUUUAAUUACCCCAAAUGUAUUGUUUAUAAUGAUGGUAUUAUUACCAUUAUUCAAUUAUCCAAUAAUUUAGACAAGAGGAAAAAACCAAGAAUCACUUAUAUUCCUUGUACUACACCUCAAGGAUGUUCCAAGAUUAGUUUUAAUUCCAAUUCUGCCAUUUUUGGCAGAUUCGAUGGUCGUAUCUUUGGUAAACUAUUAAAUAAUAAAUCUUAUUUACAACCAGUUAUGGAAUUUAAUGAUAGACAUUCCACAGAUGUAACUGCGUUGGCAAAUUCUUUAGAGAGUAUAGAAAAUACAACAAAUACAAAUUGGUCCAUUAGUGGUUCUAAAAAUGGUGAAAUCAUUUGGUGGAAUGAUACAAAACUUCAUAAACGUUUAAAAUUAUCAAAUUUUAGUAUUUUGAAAAUAGAAUUUUGGAAAACUUAUACAAUAAUAUUGGAUGAAAAAUUUAUUUAUUUAAUUGAAAAUAUGAAUAUAAUAAAUUCUUUACCUUUAUCCUCUAUUUUCUUGAAUGAUGAACUGGAUGAGCAAUCACAUAGUGAAGAGACAUUAUUUGAUUUACAAAAAUUAACCUUCUUUAAGAUGGAUUUUGGUUCUAUGUCAUUAAUUAUGGCAGAUAUCAAUAAUAUUUAUAUAAUUUCCAUGGAUUUAACAAAUAAUUUUGGUUAUAAACGUGUUAUUAAGAUUGAUUCUCCAAUUUAUGAAAUUAAAAUCGAUAAUAAUAUUUGUAAUCGUAAACAAAAUUUGGAUUAUGUGGGCAAUGAUGAUUGUCCAAUGGCAGUACUUACCAUGGAUAAUGAAUUAUUUAUAUAUAAUAUUCGUUCACCUACAAGAACUCAGAUUAAACCACAAGUAUCAUUGAAAUUUAAUAAAGAUGUGGAGAGUAUAUUAACAUGUCAAAUUUCUAAUUUAAUACUUAUCGUGGCAUUUGCCGGAUAUUUAAAUGUUUAUGAUAUUUUAACAGGUGAAUUAAUUAAAGUGAUCCAAAAGACUGAUAAAGUACCUCAAUUUUUAUCAAUUUCACAAGAUAAAUUAAUAAUAGCUUCUAAUAAUAUCAUUCAUCACUUACAAUUCAUUUCAAAUAAUACUACCAUAAAUAAAAAGCACUCUAAUUCCACUUAUCGUGGUAGAAAUAAUCAUAAUAAAUGGAUCGAAACGAUGAAUUCGGAAUUAGAAUUAUUUGAUGAAAAUGAAAGACUUGUUAGAGAAAGAUUUGAAAAUGAACAACCGCUUUUGGAACAAUAUAAUGGUAGUAGUAGUUCUUUGAAUAUUAAUAAUGUUAGAAUACCCAAUGGGAUCGACGAUUUUGAUGAGGAUGAUUAUCAAUUAAGAAUAGCUUUGAUGGAAUCACAAACUUUAAGUACACCUGAUAAUACUACCAAUAAUGCUAUUCCAAAUGCUAAUAAUAAUGCAGAUGUUGAUGAGGAGGAACUUGCCAGAGCCAUUAAUGAAUCCCUAAGACUACAAAGUGGAAUCAGUAAUGCAAGAGAACCAUUGGCGCUUACACCUUCUAGCAUAGAUGAUAAUGAACAAUUACAAAGAGCCAUUGAAGAAUCUAGACAAUUUCAAGAAUCUUUGUCAUUUCCAAAUCAUGACGUUAUUCAAGCCAGAGAUUUGCUUUCUGAUGACCCUGAAGAUGAUGAUGAUGAUGAUGAAUUACGCCAAGCUAUAGAGGAAUCUCGAAGAAUAAAUAGUGAUACUACACCUAGUGUGUCGUUACCACCAAAUGGUACCAAUUCUUUGACAACAUUAAAUACCACAGCCACGAAUUUCGGCUCUACUGAUGUUCGAAUUAACGGAAGUGAUGGAGUAUCUCGCUUGAAUGACAUUCCAAGUACACCUGCUGAAAUGAGUGCUGAUGAAGCUCUACAACUAGCAAUUGCAUUAUCAUUGAGUGAAAUGAAUUAA